CUGAUCAGCGGCCGCUUAAUCCGUCCGUGGAAGAGGUUAGUUAGCUCGUUGGUGGCUCUCGCCAGUUCCCCAUUGUUCAAGGACGACCCUGAAACCUUUGAGGGCAUGGAGGAGCUGCUGUUACCCAAUGAGGAGGAGGUGCGCUCCGACCAAGGGUCGUUCUCCCCAGGAGACCCCGAGAGGACGAUCUUGGACCGAGUCAAGGCCUUCUUUGUGGAUAUGUCAAAGAGAGACUUGGUGAAGAGCGUGAGGCAGUUUUGUAAGAGAAACGGGUUGUUGACGCUGUCCAUCAUCGCCGUCAUCACAGGCUGCACACUUGGUUUCACGCUGAGAGGAACUCAGCUGUCAAUACAGGCAAAAAUCUACUUCUCUUUUCCUGGGGAGCUGCUAAUGAGGAUACUGAAGAUGCUCAUUCUUCCACUCAUCACGUCCAGUCUGAUGUCUGGUCUAUCAUCAAUGGAGUCGAAGGCAUGCUGUCGCAUGGGCGUCCUCACCGUCACCUACUACCUGUGGACCACCUUCAUAGCCGUGAUGGUUGGGAUUGUGCUUGUUAUCAUAAUCAAACCCGGUGUUGGUACAGACAUGGAGAGCCACCGUCUGGGCGGUGGGCCUGUCAUGACUUCAGCUGAUGCCCUGCUUGACCUGAUCAGAAACAUGGUUCCCUCCAACCUUAUUGAAGCCACAUUUCAGCAGUACAAAACAGACCUGAUCCCCAUCCUCAAAGUCCAAGCCAGAACCAUCCAGCCCAACUUUGUCUACAUCAUCCCCGAUGACAGCGACCCCAAAGGGCGGACGGUGUACCUGGAGCUGACGCCGCCCCCUGACGUCACGUACAAGACCACUCCUGGCAGCAGCCAGCAGAUGAACGUCCUCGGCAUCGUCAUCUUCUCAGCCACCAUGGGUCUUCUGCUGGGCAGGAUGGGAGAACGUGGACUUCCUCUGGUCAACGUCGUUCAGUGCAUCAACGAGUGUGUGAUGAAGAUCAUCAAUGCUGCUGUUUGGUACUUUCCGUUUGGGAUUAUCUUCCUGGUGGCCGGGAAGAUUCUGGACAUGCAGGACCCAAGCACUCUUGGGAAGAAGCUGGGCUGGUACGGCAUCACGGUGCUCGCUGGCCUGUUUGUGCACGGCCUCAUCCUCCUCCCUUUGUUCUUCUUCAUCCUCACCAAGAAGAAUCCCUUCAGCUACAUCCGUGGGUUGCUGCAGGCUAUGGUGAUCGCCCUGGCCACCUCCUCCAGGUGUGUAGGUCCAGGUCCACCAACCUGCUGCUAUGUGGCCUCUUUCAAGUUUGUCAAACUUUCUAUUCGUAUUUUGUCUCUUCUCAGUUCUGCCACACUGCCCAUCACUAUGAAGUGUCUGUUGGAAAACUGUAAUGUGGACCGGCAGAUCGCUCGCUUCGUCCUCCCUGUUGGAGCGACCAUCAACAUGGAUGGCACGGCUUUGUACGAGGCUGUGGCAGCCAUCUUUAUUGCUCAAAUCAAUGACUACGAGCUGGACUUUGGCCAGUUAGUCACCAUCAGCAUCACAGCUACAGCCGCCAGCAUCGGUGCGGCUGGGAUUCCCCAGGCAGGGCUGGUUACCAUGGUGAUUGUGCUCACCUCAGUGGGCUUGCCACCAGAUGACAUCACUCUCAUCGUGGCGAUUGACUGGAUCCUCGACAGGUUUCGGACUAUGAUCAAUGUCCUGGGUGAUGCCCUGGCAGCUGGAAUCAUUGCGCACCUUUGUCGGAAGGAUUUCCCACUGGGCGCAACAGGAAAGUCCGUGCCAUCAUAUGGGACGCAGAAUCCUCACAACAAUUCCCACAGCAUCAAUGUACCGAUGACCGAAAUGCACACGCACAAAGACAGCAUGUUUGAAAUGUCGGGAGACUCAGUGGGCCACAAGCACGCCCACACCGUUUACUACAAUAUCUGUCAGGUGUGAAGGAUUGGACGCACUCUAGUAGAGUGUGGUCACACCGCAUUGUGCCAUCUGAUCAGGAGUGUUAAGAGGAAUCAAACUCUGUGCAGAAACCUCCUUCUUGUUCCCACUUUGAGUUAUUGGAUGGGAGCUGUGGUUUAUCUGGUAACAGGUACAGCUUCGUAAGGACUCAAGAAUGGGAAGUCACAGGGCACUCCGACUUUUACAUUACUUCACUGGAAGCUCAGAUGCUCGCCCAAAUGGGAAAUGGAUGCUGUGGAUACCUACAGGAACAACUUAAUUUGUGCCAGAGGAUUAUGGGUAAAUAGCACCAUGCAAUUUUGGAGAGAUACCUUCUUCCAGCACAUUCUGGUCACAGAGCUAACCAUUCUUCAAAAGUUUAAUAGCAAGCUUAAUCUGUAGUUGGGUUUUAAAGUCUCUACUUCAGUGACUUUGGUCUCCAUCCUGUUUUUUACUGUAAACCAGAAGUUAUACCAAGUGGUUGACGUGGUUCAGUAUGGUCUUUGAGUUGAAACAGCACACUCCCCCUGGGUAGGACCUUGUUAAUCACAGAUGAACCAGCAAUAAAAUGUACCCAGCGGUACAUUGUCUAGGGUGGCAUGGUGGCUUGGUGGGUUGCACAGAUGCCCCACUGCAGAAAGGUUCUGCAGAACCCAUAUGCUCUGUAAGAAGGUUCUUGCUCAACAAGAAGGUUCCAUUUUUUCCUGAAGAGAGCUGUGAUAAAGUCCAUUAAGACUCUUGUGACAUUAAAUAAGGAUAACUGGAUGUAGUUGAUGGAUGGACAUGGGCAAAUCAUUUACAAAAUUAACAUUGACUUGAAAGUGGUGACUAUAAACUUGUUACAAAAAUGUUUGUUGACUUAACAAAACAGACAGGAAACCAAACAGGUCCAAAGCUGACUACAUCAGCCUUAUCUUAGUUUAGCAACAGGAAAGUCAUGGAGACCUUUAUGUCUUGCUUGUGGAACAGCUAGGUUACUGGUCCUGUGUGGCUUCAUGGGUGGGUACAGCUGAAUGUCAUCUCCAUAGUAGCAAAGGUUUGUGCCAUGUGGUAUAAUAAUAGUGCUUAGUCGUGUGGAGUGAAAAGCAAUGCUCCAAGCCCAAAACCCUAUGGAACUCCAUGACCAACUUUAGUGUAAAAUCCUGGUUCAUGUGAACAAACUUCAGUUUGUUGUAUUUGUAUCAGACAAAUAGGACUCCAACCAAGCUAAUAUGGUUCAAUUGAUCGCAAUAACAUGUUCAAGCCUGUAUAAUACAAUUUUGUGAUUGAGUUGAUCACCUUGAUAGUCAAUUGAUGAAGUUGUUGGUGACCAUUCAACUCAUCGCUGAACAAACCAUUGCUGUAGAAUGAUGGUUAGCUCUUUGACCUGAAGGCAUCCUUUCUCCGUGGACAUUGACUCCAAUAUUUGCUUCUGAACUGGGUGGGAAACCCCCCUAAUCUUCAUGUUGGAUGAUUUAUGAGAAGGUUUCAGAAUUGCAUUGGAUCACACAGGAUGGAGUAAAACAAGGAAGUACCAGUGAACGUGGAUCAAACAGCUUCAUCCAAAGCAUCGUCUCUGUCUGACCUCUCAGCACAAACACAAACCUCUGAAUGACCUGAGUGGCCAUCUGAUUGGCCAGUGCUCAGUUUUCACCAUGCCUGUGGGAUCAAAGCUAAUAACUGUAUUCAAGUGCUCUUCAUCUUACAGACUCUAGAUUCCUUUUUCUUCUGCAUGCUGGCAUGCGCUCUGACUGGCUUCAUUUGAAGUCUUUGUGCAUUAUUUUGUUUUUGUUGUCAUUUUGACUUAAAUGAUGCAAAGUAAACAAAGUGCUGUAGGCAUUAUGGGAGCUUAACUAGUGCCAGUUGCAGCUAACAUGAACAUAUACAGGCCAUUUCCACUGUAGGUUACUUUAACACAGUCCUGCCUAAGCCACAAUAUUUCAAGUUGAACAUGAUUUCAGUGUGGCAUCAAGCGUUAGUUUAUCUGAAAACAAGUACAGUGAUUCGAUGUUAAAAUACAUUUUGCAAAAGGAAACCUACAUGACCAAUGGAUUUUACAUCUGUGUUAAAAUUCAUGCUAAAUACACAAGAAGAGAGAUUUCCUUUCUCCUGAGGUCAACCAGAAUUUGUUGGUCAAAUUUUCUGGGUAGUUCUCCAGUUUUACAAAACCGAAUCAAAAUUUUGACAUAAUGAAAGAAAUUCAAAAACAGUAAGAGUUAAAAAGCAACUAAUUUUGUGAACUGCUGAAUUAAUGAAACUGGAUCGCAAACAUAAUUAUCUAACCCACACAUUAAAAGAUGUUUCAGUGAUACUAGAAGGUCAUCCAAAAUGCUAAUAUAGUUUUAAGAUCAAAAGAAGUUGCAAACACGAUACCGUUUCUCACAAAAAUGCUCUGAUUACAAUUUUCUUGGCCAAUCCCAGUUUUCAAAAUCAAACAAGAACUAUAAUCAUUUGUAGUUAUAAAUCAACGAGUGAAGAUAACAGAGGCUGCAGGACAUGUGCUCAGCUCGCGGUGUGAAGCCUUGUUAGCUUCAUACCACUGAGCACGCUCAGCAGGAUGAUUUUAAGUGUUGGAUUACAUUUGUUAUCCCAAUUGACCCAAUGUCAAGCCCCGGCCCUGUUGCUAGGUCAGAAAAACUGUCAGCUCUCCCGUCCACUUCCAUUGUAAAAACUGGGUUUUACAUCACUUUAUUUCUAAUUAUUGUACCAAAGAAAAUCAACAGCAAUUAGAUAUAAAUAAAAAGGAACACUUCAGGCACUGUGUAGUGAGUUUAAAAAAUGGAGGUUUGCGACAAAAACUAGAUCUUUUGACUAGUUUAGCUGAUAGCAGGGUGGAAGGGUUGAACUGCGAGGGCGGCCGUCCACGUAGCUUUAUCCAGAGCAGACAUUCUUCGUAAUUUACCGUUGGUUUUGGGAUGAAAUGUAUUCCUGUGAUUCUCUCCGGGUAGCGGGUUUCACUUUUACAAGUGCCCCGAGCACACCGCUUAACCAUUUUAAGAUAAAUAAAUAAAGACUUUCGCGGUUGUAGCUAUGGGUUGUAGCAUGCUGCCGAGGCGACUUUGCUUUGGCAGUACGGUUCAGGUUUCUGCCCGUUUGGGGAUAAAAAAUACAUUGCAGCCUCACCAGUGUGGUCCCAAGUGUUCCUUUUUACUAAUACACAGUUUUAAAACAUAAUCUAGUGAUUUAAAUUUUGGUAUAAAGUAAGUAAAAGCUACGCUUUUUCCAUUGAUGUGAACGAGAGAGACGGCUGUUUUGUCCAACCGGAUAUUCUGACCCGGGUGUAGCGACGGAGAAUAAUUUUUCUGAUUGGUCAGUCAGGGACCAAUCAGAAGCCUGACAAAUUGUUUUGAUUGGUGGUCCUCUACAGAUUAUUUUUACAUUACUGUUAAAAAGAGGACCAUUUUUGAUUUGCCAGGACUCUAUGGGGACAUUUCUUGAUCCCUCCCAUAAAAUUAAACUUGUCAAAACUAUGCAAAUUCAAUUCAGUAAUGUUUUAUAAUUCCCCAAAGACAAAUGAUUUUUGCAUUUAUAUACAUUUGAUGCAUUUAUUGACUGAGUAAAAUAAGAGCUGAUCACUGGUCAGAACCAAUCAGCCAGCAAUUGUUUAAUUCUUAUCACCAGCUGAACAAUUGGUGCAUCUCAGAUUUGGACAAAUUUCACGAGGCAGUAAAUGGUUUUAAAGUUCUGUUCAGCCUCUUUUUUCUUUGACAAAAUUUAAACUUUUAAAACCAUCAAGUUUAAAAUGUUGAACAACAAAACUUUUUGAGUUUUUCAUGUACAUUUAAAUGUAAUUCACCAUCUAGACAGAGACAACUUCUGUUGUAAUAGACGCCAUAUAAAUAAGAUCAAAUUGAAUCUGGACUCCAUAAAAACCAGACAGCAGGCUUACCUCCCCAAACAAACAGCAUCAGUAGAUUGUUGUCAACGAUGGUGAGCGGUCAUUUCAAAGCGUCUUGGGACUCUCAAGAGUCCUUCAACUCCUCCAACACAUGCUUGUUGUCCUCCGGUUUGAAGGAAACUGGUAAUAACGGCGUGAAGCUGAUUAUCUUCAAAGUGGAAGGUUUAACUCAAGUUCGUAGUUAGUUAAAUGUUUGACCUCAGAUAUAUUAAAUCAGAAAUGUUGUGUUUUUGCUAAAGUGCCGCUGAACUUGUGUGUGAAAGAGUAGUCGAAGAGUCAGUAGAGUUUAACUUGAAAAUUUGUAGCUGCCUUAACUGAACUGUGGACCCUCUGUUGUUUUAACCUCAAUGUUCAUCUGCCAACACAUUAGCCCAACAAGCUGGUCAGCUGUUAGCGAAGCUCCAUCUUCACCAAUCCACAUCAUGUACACUGUUUUUUUUUUGUUUUUGUUUUUUUACAUAUAUAUAUAUAUAUAUAUAUAUAUAUAUAUAUAUACCUUCUCAUUCAAGCCAAUGGGGAAGUGUGUCCACACCUUUGGUCUGUACUGUGUAUAUAUGUAUACUUUGUCAUUCGUUUGUAUUAAAAAUAAAAAUGUUGU